UGCCAGUAGGCCGUAGUUGCGCACUUGUAUCUGGGAGGUGGGCAGUUGUCGUCAAGGUACAAGGAGUGAAUAUCGCGGGAGUCCGCUGGCUGUUCUUAAUUCUACGCUACCGACCGCUUUAUGGAGAGCCGAGGAUGGCUCCAUUCCCGGACGAGGUGGAUGUGUUCACCGCCCCGCACUGGCGGAUGAAACAGCUGGUCGGAGGCUACUGCGAGAAGCUUUCCAAGACCAACUUUUCCAACAACAAUGAUUUCCGGGCUUUGCUGCAGUCGCUGUAUGAAACCUUUGAAGAAUUCAAAAUGCACGAGCAGAUUGAGAACGAAUACAUCAUCGGCUUGCUUCAGCAACGCAGCCAGACCGUGUACAACGUGCACUCGGACAACAAGCUGUCCGAAAUGCUCAUGCUCUUCGAGAAAGGCUUGAAGAAUGUCAAGAAUGAGUACGAGCAGCUGAACUAUGCUCAGCAGCUGAAGGAGCGGCUGGAGGCUUUUACAAGCGAUUUCCUUCCGCACAUGAAGGAAGAGGAGGAGGUAUUUCAGCCCAUGCUGAUGGAAUAUUUCACUUACGAUGAGCUCAAGGAUAUCAAAAAGAAGGUGAUCGCCCAGCACUGCUCCCAAAACGACACCGCGGAGCUCCUGAGAGGCCUGAGCCUCUGGAACCAGGCGGAAGAGCUUCAGAAAGUGCUUAAAUAUUCAGUAGAUGAAAAGGUAGAGCAAGAAACAAAGGUUCAGCAGAGCACUACGUCCAUUUCCCAUCUUCCCCCGGAGGUAAUGCUGAACGUUUUUAGUUACCUUAAUCCGCAGGAGCUGUGUCGCUGCAUUCAAGUAAACACUAAAUGGGCACAGCUGGCAAAAACGGGAUCUCUCUGGAAGCAUCUUUAUCCGGUUCUGUGGGCUCGAGGAGAUUGGUACAACGGCCCCCCCACACAGCUUGACACUGAACCAGAUGAAGAAUGGGUUUCGAGAAGACAUGUUGAAAGUCAAGCCUACCAAGAGUGGGAUGAAGAUGCCGAUAUAGAUGAAUCAGAGGAGGCUGAGCAGGAUAAAUCUCAUAUCAAUAUGGCACAGCGGGAAAAAGAAUUACUACAAGGUUUGAUGCACAGCAUUUUACCAAAUGCAGGACAUUCGGUGAAAACUCUGGUCCUUGCAUACAGCUCUGCUACAAGUAGCAAAAUGGUGCGUAAGAUGCUGGAAUUUUGUCCUAACUUGGAACACCUUGAUCUUACCCAGACUGAUAUAUCUGAUUCUGCAUUUGAUGGAUGGUCAUUCGGUAGUUGCCAGAAUCUCCAGCAUGUUGACUUGUCUGGUUGUGAAAAGAUCACGGAUCUGACUUUAGAAAGGAUAUCUCAUGCGCUUGGUAUGCUGCCGUCUUAUAGGAAGAAGCUGCAGAAGUGUUGCCAGAAUCUCAAAAACAUGAAAAGCUCAUGGGGAGGAAAGGAGAUCGCAAAUAGCAUUCGGUGCAGCAUGGCCGGUGAAAGCGGAUUAUUUUCUGUAGCGCUCUGGCCAGAGCCCAACAAGUCUGAGUCUUAUGCAUCUUCGCAAAUUUGGAUUCUAGAUUCAGACAAAUUGGCCGACAUUGAAGAUGCAGCUGAUUGGAAGUACAGAAAUACAGGGGGACUGUGUGUUUUGGAUCUGAAUUGCUUUAGCGCUGGUUGCUGCAGCAGCAGACCGAUGCUCGGAGUGAGGACUAAUGUCAGCUGGCAGCAACGUUGCAGAUCUGCUGGGUUCACCUACUGUGGCCAUUCUUUCUGUUCCGGUAGCGGAAAACUAAGGACUAUACAAGCACUCCCAGGGUCCUCUGCUCUGUGCAAAAUCGGAAAAAGGACUACACGCUCAGAGAUUACAGACUUUUGCCCUGGGAGUGCAAAUUCUGAUCUAGUCACACGGGGUGUACGGUUCCUCAGUCUUUCGGGUUGUCGUCAGAUAACUGAUAACGGUCUAAGGAUGUUGACAUUGUGGGGAGGAUUACCUUACCUGGAGCACCUAAAUCUCUCUGGAUGUCUAAUUGUGACCGGACCCGGCUUGCAGGAUUUGGUUUCAGCAUGUCCAUCUCUUAAUGAUGAGCAUUUCUAUUACUGUGACAACAUUAAUGGUCCCCAUGCUGAUACCGCCAGCGGAUGCCAGAACCUGCAGUGCGGUUUUCGGGCCUGCUGCCGAUCUGGUGAAUGAUCCUGUUACUCUCCAGCUUCCUUCACCCAUCUGAGCAGCCAUUCUCUCAUGCACUUUACCUUUUACUCACUCAUGUUGUGUUAAGUCUGUUUUGGAGCCCCUGUGGAGUAUUUCCUAAUGAGCAGCAUACAUUGUAAUUCUAUGGCAAACUGUCAAGUGUAGUAACAGUUUUUGCUUAAUAAAACUUCAUUGACUGAA